AUGACAAAGAGCAGCGUCAUUAAAGAGUAUUUACAUUGGGUGAUACUCAUUAUUAACGCUAGUUGUAAGGUUGAUAUGCAUUUUAGGAAUCGUGAGCGUUAUUUCAAUAAAGAACAAAAAUGGCGAGACGCCAACGUUUAUGCAAAAGCUUUCUUUAUGAUCAGUCGUACGCUUGGUGUAGAAUUUGGUGGUUCAAUUGGGACACUUUUUUUCUUAGCGAAUGUUGUAGGUUGUGCUAUGGCCAUAUCCGGUUGUACUGAAGGUAUUAUGGAAAAUUUUGGACCUGGUGGCUAUAUCACAAAAGAUGGAAACUCUCUGCCAGAUGGUACAUGGUGGCGAUUUCUUUUUUGUACAUUAAUAAAUACGGCUAUGCUAUUGGUUUGUCUCGUCGGAGCGGCAUUAUUUGCAAAAACUUCGGUACUUAUCCUUGGCAUAGUUACCGUAUGUCUUUUGGCAACAUACAUUAGUUUCCUAUUUGUCGGCCCAAAAUCGCAUAUUCCCGUGCCUGAAGAGAACAAAUUAAAUAGUAACAUUACUUUAACUUAUACCGGUCUUAAUGGAACAACAUUAAAGGAAAACUUGUAUUCUCAUUAUGGACCAGAUUAUACAUCUGACGGAAAAAUCGUAGAUUUCGCCACCACUUUCGGUGUUCUUUUUGCUGGCGUGACUGGCAUAAUGGCUGGUGCUAAUAUGUCUGGCGAAUUGAAAAGCCCAUCGAAAAGUAUACCAAUAGGCACACUUUCAGCAGUCGGCUUUACAUUCGUAUCGUAUAUAAUACUGUCGCUAUUAAUGUCCUUAACUACACCUUACAUUACAAUGCAAAACAAUUAUCUAUUUUUAAUGCCAGUUAAUUUUUGGCCUCCGUUUACUGCUAUUGGUAUUCUAACUGCAACCUUUUCUACAGGACUGAGCAAUUUAAUUGGCUCGAGUCGUAUUUUUGAAGCAUUAUCGAAGGAUCAAGUUUUUGGUUCAUUACUGAAUUUUGUGCAAAAAGGUACUUGGAGAGGAAAUCCAAUAGCAGCAGUGCUAACAAGUUGGGUUCUAGUUGAAUGUAUAUUGCUUAUCGGUUCAUUCAACAUAAUUGCUCAAGUGAACUCGGUGUUAUUUAUGCUUUCGUAUUUAGCGACGAAUUUGGCGUGUUUAGGUAUAGAACUAACAGGUGCACCGAACUUCAGACCCUCUUUCAAGUAUUUUACUUGGCAUACUUGCCUAAUAGGCUUGAUUGGUACAUUGGUGAUGAUGUUUGUCAUUAAUCCUAUAUAUGCUUCUUCUAGCAUAAUAUUGUGUUUAAUUAUGGUCAUUGCCCUGCAUCUAUUUUCACCGGCAACACAGGCAGCGCAAUGGGGUUCUAUUUCUCAAGCAUUAAUGUUCCAUCAGGUUCGAAAAUAUUUAUUAAUGUUGGAUCCACGGAAAGAUCAUGUUAAAUUUUGGAGGCCUCAGAUGUUAUUGCUUGUUUCUUCGCCACGUUCAUGUUGUCCCUUAGUUGAUUUUGUUAAUGAUAUGAAAAAAGGCGGACUUUAUGUUAUUGGACAUGUAAAACUUGGAAAUUAUACAGAUGUAUCUGAUCCCGCAGUUGAAGAAAAUGCACAGUGGUUAUCAUUCUUAGAUCAUAUGAAAGUAAAAGCUUUUGCAGAAGUCACUUUAGCGACAAGCAUACGCGAAGGCGUGCAACAUUUAAUACGUUUAUCUGGGAUCGGUGCUAUGAAACCUAAUACAAUCAUUUUAGGCUUUUAUGAUAAUGAAACUCCAAAAGAUUUCUUCCAAAGUGCUUCUUCGCAAUACAAAACUGAUGAUUUCAAUAAUGGUGAGAUAAACAAUUUCCCAAUGAGAGUUGAAGGGGAAGAAAAGCACAUUAAUAUCGAAGAAUAUGUGGCCAUAAUAUGCGACGUUUUGCGUAUGAAAAAGAAUUUAUGCUUAUGUCGACAUUUUCAUCGCUUGGACAAAAAUUUUAUUGCAAAAAGCAAACAUAUGAAAUAUAUUGACGUAUGGCCAAUAAAUGUUUUUGAUCCCUUAGCUGAAAAUCCUUUUGAUGUUGUUUCGUUGUUCAUGAUGCAGUUGGCAGUUAUAAUAAAUAUGUUAGCUAAAUGGAAACAUUUACGUUUGCGCGUCUUCCUUUGCGAAACUGGAAACAGCGCUUCAAAUAUUACGUCCUUUGAUACCUAUGCGCCGCAAAUGGAAGUUUUAAGCAGAAUGAAACUGCAGCAAUCGCUAAAAGAGUUACGUAUUGAUGCCGAUAUUAUUGAAAUACAAGAAUGGAAUCGGAAUGAGUCAUUUACUCAACAUGCUCGGAUAUUGAAACAAUUUACAAAUGAUGCUGAUGCAGUUAUAGAUACAAUAUCUGAAGAGAGCUAUGAUAAUUCUGUUUCAUAUAUGAAAAGAGUUAAUCAAAUUAUACGCGAACGAUCGGACCAGACUGCUGCAUCUUUUAUUUAUUUAGCUGCUCCUCCAAAAAUCAACUCGCCCGGUUUUAAUGAACGCGCUGUACGUUAUAUUGACUUGUUAACCGAAUUGACUGCAGAUCUCCCGCCGACUAUUCUAGUACACGGUGUCAACUUGGUUACUUCAACUACACUUUAAAUUAGCUUUAUCUGUUAAUAAGCAAUAUAAAUUUAGACAAAUGCCCAAGUACCUUUCGAUGAAAAUUCAUUGAUUAACAUAUUCAUUUCGAUUCCAAUUUCAGAGAAGAAGUAAUUAUGUUUUAUAUUUGUAUUAGUUAUGUAUUAU